AAUGUGGUCUAUUCUGAUCAAUUGUUUUUUACUUUUUAUUGCUUUAGAGCGAGUACAUAGCAGUAAACCAAGUCUGAAAUUUGUUUUUGUUACAACUAGAGGUGGUGAACAUCAGCCUUGUAUUUAUCCGGGUGGACCAAAUUUCGAUGAUAUAAAAAUCGACGAAAAACAAAGUCACCUAACUGAGGAAGGAAAAGAAACCGCAUAUGAAUUGGGUCAAAAUCUUUCAAAAACAUAUAAAAGUCAAUUAGGAAUAACAGAAUGGAGCGACAAAAACUGUUGGUCUUUUGCGGGAAAAGCAACGAGAAAUCAAGAAGCUGCUUUAAUACUUAAAUAUAGUUUCCAAAAUAAAGAAGAAAAAACAAAACAAUGGACCCAAGAGGAACUAUCAAAAGCCCAAUUUCCAUCAAUAGACUACUUUUUCAAAUUCUUAAAUAAAAACGAAUGUCCAGCAUUUUGGAACGAGUUUAUGACACAAAUGACAUCAGAUAUAAAAACACUACAGGAAGAAUAUAAAUCUUCAUUAACAGAGGUGAAGCAAAACUAUAAAAAAAUUGACACAAAUAACCCAGCCCAUAUUUGGAUAACAUACGAAACAGUACAAAGAUUAAAACAUAAUGGAAGAACACCCAACUGGUGGACCACUACCAUUGAAUCAGAUCUCAAAGCAUAUUCGGAAAAAUUCUUACACGCCGCAUUGACUAAAACAGAAAAAUUAACAAAACUAUCAGGCGGGCCAAUGUUAACUGAUAUCUUGAAAGAUAUGGAUGAGAUAAAGAAGGGCAAAAAGCAACCAGUUUCAAACAUAGAGAAAGGUGUUUCAAUUUUCACAGCAUCCCAAAGCGUAUUGGCUGCUCAACUAGCAGCCUUCAGUCCCAAGGGAACAAAAUUGGGCGAUAAAGAAAUCAGUGAUGAGAUUUUUUAUCCUGGAAUAGGUGCAACCCAUGUUCUUGAAUUGUAUAAGGACGGAAAUCAAUGGAAUGUCAAAAUGAAAUAUCAUAACGGCGAUAAAAACUACAAAACUAUGAAACUUCCUGGCUGUCAAGAGAUGUGCCCGUUCGAAAAGUUUACAAAAACAUUGGAAAAGGUUAAAUUAACCCAGAACGAUCAGAAAAACCAAUGCCAAUCCAAGUAAUAUUUAUUAUUGUUAUUAUAAUAUAUAAUAUAAAGUAAUAUUCUGCCUACACAAGCACGUUGUUGAUAAACCAAAUGAAUUUUGUU